ACAUUUUUAGGGUGGGUCGGGUCAUUUUCUAGUUACAUUUUAGACCUGCCGUGAAAUCCACCACCGCGCGGCGGUUCUUUGUCGGGCGAUCUUCCUCCAACAAAGAUGAAGUCCAGACUCGCAGCUUCCAUGUAUCCAUUAUAUGCUGAUACAUGUAGGAGAUACACACGCAAUGCAAUUUCAUCAAGAUCAGUCGUCCCUCAUCGCCAAAUUAACAGCUCAAGUAGGUCGGUGCACUCUUCUGCGGUUGAGGAUAAGGAUUUCGAGGAGUUAGGUCCAGAAAUAUCAGAUUGCUCUACGAAGCAGAUAAAACUGGUUACUGAGAAACCCGAUCAUCUUCUGAAAUCGAAUCCCUCUAGAAGAGAAUUUGCUGGCAGGGCCCCUUCUUCAGAUACCACGCCAAGGAUAAAAGACAUUGUUGCAAAUAUUGGUAGAGCUUCUCCAACUUCAACUUCAAAGCUUGGCGGCCAUAGUCAUUCUUCUACAGUUCCUGAUGACACUAAAAAAGUCUCCGAUAUCGAAACACCAAACUAUGUCUCUAUUAAGAAUAUAGGCUCGACGGUGGGUCUCUCUGAGCUUGUGGAAGCUAUUUCAGUAUUUGGAAAGGUCUCUGGUGCUUCAUUUGUAACUGCACCUAAUGGAGUUAGGUGUUGCAAGAUCGAGUUUGAGGACGUAGACUCGAGCAGAAGAGCAAUUUCAGUUGGUAAAAUUGAAGUGGGAAGUCAUGUGUUUCCAGUUCAUGCUUUUGAUGCUGUAGAUGUAGCUGCGAUUAGGAUCAAGAACAUAAACGAAGAGACUAGUGAUUAUAAAAUACAUUUCAGAUGUAAGUCUGUUGGUGACUUUGUGGGAUUAGCAAGGAGAGGCAAGGAUGUUGUGGACGCCUUCUAUAUCGUACGGAAUGAGAAAAUCCAUCUGGACAAACUUCAAAGAUUAGACAAUUCAGUAGUUGAUUACAACCGCUGGUCAGCUCAUUUACUCACAGACAAAUCUAAGUCCUCAGAAGUAUCCGAACAUGAGGAAGCCAGACAGAAGCUGGGCUUGCAGAUUUUUGAGUGCUUUGCCAAGCUGAGAAGGGAACUCAGCAUGAAAAAAGUUUACUUGGAGGAUCUAGAGGAUUUGCAUGCGAGUAUAGUGCACAUAGAACGCCGGCCUCCAGCUCCUGAUCUUUCAAGUAACAAGUGAGAUUUUGUUCCUUUAUGUGUAAACUACCCAACUAUUCUGAUAUCAAUUGAAAGCGUUUUCCGGUACCAAUUGAAAGCGGCGGUAUCAUUUGUCUGUGAAGUUUAUCCACCGAGCUUCUUUAUACUAUCGUCGCCUAUCCUUAUUCUGGUGGUCUUUGAAGGGCUGCUUUGUAAAAUGACCUUAUACACUUUUAUAAUUUGCGAAGAAACGAGUUCACA